GAAGUAUGAAGUCAAUUUGUUUGUAAAGUUUACACUCUGUUCAAUUAACAUUAAAUGUUGAAGUUGAUGACGCAUACUGUAAAUUUUACAGUAUUAAGUAAUUAAUUAUUAAUAAAAUACCUGUUUUACAGUGUGUUAUGAGCCGUCCCGUCCAAAUGGACCAGCUGUGGGGAGAGAUUCCGGAACCUCGAAAUACUGAAUGGGAUAAAGUAGUUCCAAAAGAAAUAGGAAAGCUUGUAAUUUUGAGUGCAAUAAAGCCAGAGUUACCUAAAGUCAAACAACCACAACCAGAUGAAGAUGCAGAUAAAGUGAUAGUAUUGGGGCCUGAAUACAGUGCUAUGGAAGAAAAUGUGUUGUACACUAUCAAACUCCUUCAACAUGCUAGACAGGUCGCUGAACUCCUUUAUAUUGCUACAUCAGGGGAAGAAGAAUUUAAUGGAGACAUAAAAGAAUGCCCUCCUAUGCCCCAGGCGCCUGUUAAAGAACUGAAAUGUCAAGAAUCUCAUCCUCUACACUACCUCCCUAAAGAAGAAACGCCUUUUACCUUGGGAACGCCAAUGUCAGUACCUUCUUUGGGCAGAGAUGUUACCAAAGAGAUCCUGUUUAAGACUGUAGCGACUUUGUGUGCUCAUGUUGGUUUUUCCAGUGGAAUGCAAUCCUCAAUCCAGUUACUCACCGACAUUGCUGAAGACUUCCUGAGGAGGUUUACUUGUUUACUGAGGUUUGCUGUUGAUAGAGAAGAAUUGUACGGAAAUUCAGGCUUCCCGGACGCAAUGGAAAGGGUGUUCCACGAGAUGGGGCUCGGCAGUGUGGUGUCUCUACACGACUACUACCAGACCAGAGUGUUGAAGUACAGAGAUAAAUGUAAGGCUGAGUGUGAAGAUCUGCUGAAGAAAUACCAGGUUGUGGCACCAACCAUCAAGAGAGAACCUGAGGACAUUGUCAGGUUCAAGACUGAGAUAUCCAGUGAAGAGGACAUCCCGGAGAUUCAUUUCCCAGGAACAGGAGAGGGAGAUGAACUCCAGUCCCAGCUGGAACCUGGAUAUCAGAUGCUUCACUCACUUGAGCAAGAGGUCCAAUUGCAAUCAAGUAUGGCUCAGGAUGAUGUGGAUAUGAUGAAUGGAUCGCCACAAAGUGUCGAGUCUACAGUACCUGGGUCAGAGGCGUGGUUUGCUGCAAUCAAGGCCAAGACUCGGAAAAGAAAACUACAGCUUUAAUGUCUUUUUUUACUUUUUUAUUAAAAAAAAAUGUUUUAAAACAUGUGUUUUUAAUAGCCAUUACCAUCCAUUACCCUCUAAUAUGUACAACACAAGGAAAUAUUAAGAUGGUUUACAUUAUUUGACUACCUGCUGUACAGGUUGGGUAGAUCCACAGCCACCUCUAAUACAAGGUUGCGACGUUCGAACUGGCAACACGGCACUCACCCGCCGCCUGGGUCCGGCACUCGUACUAGGCUAUAAACAUCAAUGAGAGCAUUGCUGCUCUGUAUCAAUGGAUGAAAGUAUUUAAAUUACAUAUUUUAGUGGAUUUUA